AUGCAAACUCGACGAACUGGUUCAAGAGAUUUAAUCCCUAUUGAUCUUGAGAUCGAGGCUACUAUACGUAAGCAAGGAAGUAAAAGGAGAAGGAAUAAGAACAAGCAACAGGAAGCAAUGGCUGAACCACCGGCUGCUAAACCUCUUUGGGAGUAUGGUGUACCAGAUGCAACUACCGAUGCGAUGUCUAGCAUUCUUAGACCUAGAAUUGUGACACUUAAUGUCAGUGAUGAUGCAAUUAGACUUCGCCUUUUUCCUUUUUCUCUAAGGGAUAGGGCAAAGGAGUGGCUAAAAGAUGAAGGUAUUGGUACUCUUGAUUCACGAGACAAGCUAGUAAAGGCAUUUUUGGCCAAGUUCUUGGGUCAAGAGAAAACUACAAGGCUAAGGACCGACUUGAGCACUCUUCGUCAACUAGAUUAUGAGUCAUUGUAUGAGUAUUGGAGAAGGAUUUACAUUGACGCUGCGUUGGGUGGUAAUUUUGUUGAAAAGGUCCCUACUGAGGUUAAGGCAUUGCUUGAGAAGAUGGCUACUAAUGACAACUUUCACUCAGGUGGGAGAAACAAUGCAAAGAAAAGGGGUAAACAUGAAGUUGAUGCAAUGACUCUCUUGACUAGUACUAUGCAGGCUUUGUCACUUAAGGUUGAUCAACUUCAAGCAGGGCCAUUUGUGGUAGCAUCUUGUGAGACAUGUGGAGUACAGGGACAUAUUGUACAUGAGUGUCAAUAUGCUGAAAUGUUAAUGGAGCAAGCUAACGCUCUUUAUAAUAACAACCAGCAAAGGAGACCCUAUGAUCCCUAUUCCAACACUUACAAUGAAGGUUGGAAACAAAACUCAGCGUUCUCUUACAAGAACAGUCAAAAUCAGUUGAACCCACCACCACCACCAUCUCACAACAACUUCAAUCAUCCUCCAGUUCAACAAAUUCAAUCUCAAACCAAGCUCAUAGAGAAUCAGAUAAGCCAACUUGCUCAACAAGUGGGUCAAUCUUCAAGGGUUUCGGAUCAUUUUCCUAGUAACACCGAGCAACCACCUAAGGGUCAAAUUAAUGUUGUAACUUUGAGAAAUGGUAGAGAGCUAGAAGACCUUCCACUGAAGGUAGUUCAAAAGAAAGCAGUUGUAGUAGAGGAAGAGAUGGUUGAAGCUGAGAAAAUGAUAGAAAAGGAGAAAAUUAAAGAGAAGAAGAAGCCCAUUGUCAUUGAACCUUACAACCCACCUAUGCCCUCCUAUGCUAAAUUCCUAAAGGACAUUAACAAAAGGAAAAUCAGAGAGAAUGCAACGGUCUCACUGACAACUGAAUGCAGUGCUAUAUUGCAAAACAAGCUUCCAAAGAAGCUAGGAGAUCCAGGGAGCUAUUCCAUUCCAGUCAAGCUAGGUGACAUCAAAAUAAAGAAGGCUUUAUAUGAACUAGAGGAUGUGCCACUUAGAGUUGAAAAAUUCUUCAUCCUUAGUGAUUUUAUGGUUAUGGAGAUGGAAGAAGAUGCGCAAGUCCCUAUCAUUCUAGGAAGACCCUUCUUGGCCACUGUUGGGGCCACUAUUGACAUGAAGAAUGGGAAAAUAACCUUUAAAGUGGGUGAUGAGAAGAUGGAGUAUUCACUCACAAGUUCUAUGGGUUCUUCUUCUAAGAAGGAAACAAUCUAUAGGGUGGAUGCUCUAGAUGAAGCAGUGGAAGCUAAGGCCGCAGAUUUACAACUCGAUGAUUCAUUGCAGACGGUCUUAAUAGAGAGUGUAGACAAAGAGGAUUGGGAAACAAGGGAGUACAAGAGGCUCUUAGAGGAGACACGAGUGCUAGCAGCUGAUGAGCCUAUCAAGGAAGUGUUGAAACCAAGGGAGUCUAAGGAGAGUACUACGCCUCCUGAGGUAGAAUUAAACCCUUCCCUCUAA